AUGUCUUAUAUCGGGAAUCUGGUCGUUCAACAGUAUGUCUCUGAUAUUCUUCUAUCUCCGGAGCCUCCUGUUCGUCGGACACCUUCUGAGAUUUUGUUGGCCAUAUUUUCCGAAAUCUAUAACGAACCGGCAUAUGCAUUCGAAGUGGGGAGGAAGGGAAGCGUGGCGUUUGCCAUUUCUCACGCAGAGUUGACGUCCAUGGCUUUACGCCGUUCCAAGGAUAAAGAGCUUAACAUCAUGUUUAUCGCAUCAGAAGAUGCUUGCAUGAUGCCGUCUCUCGUUGAAGCUUUUCGCCUGGUUACAGCUAGAUCACAAUUUUUGAGGGACCUCGAUUUGUAUUUCCCUCCAUCAUUCAUACCUUUGCUCUCAACGCUUGCGGGCCGUGUACCCGUUCUUCGUAGGUGUGCUGUCCGGAUUUUUGGUGAUGCUACAAAUGCGGAGCAUCGUAUUGAUGCAUUUGCAGUGGCACCUUGGCUGGAGGACGUCACCUUGCUAGGUUUUGACUCCUGGUCCACAAUCUCUGUUCCUUACCUCUCUAUCACAUCUUACGAGGACUUCUCAUUGCACAUGUGGUACUUUUGGGCUGUCUACCAACGUCCUUGGAUGGGGCGCUUUCAUUCCAUAGGACCUCCUGUGGAAUGUCCUGGUAUCUGUGUAUUCGUUGCAUCCCAGGGGGCUUUGUUUCGGGGUGUGACAUUGCCCCUUGUCCGCGCUGUCGUUGUGGAAAGCGAACGUCUUGAUAGUGUGUUGGGUUUUACGGACGGAGAUUGUUUACCUGCCGUAUAUGAUCUCAUUAUCCGGUCUCAGUGCCACAAGACUUCGACCCAAUUUUCGGUAUACGAUACUCGUCUUACCGGUGACAUCUUUGAUGUUCUGUCAGAACUUCCUUGUCUGACGACUUUGCCAUUCCAUUUUACUCGAUGGUACGAAGAAUGCGACGCCAUCAUUCAUGAUGUUGUCAUUGCAUUAUCCUUUACCGUUGGAGGCGAUGUGCUUGGUGCUCAUUGCGUGAUGCCUGUUCUGCGUCAGCUUAUUGUUACUGCCUCCAAACUUUUGGAUAACGGACGAGGUAGUGUCGGGGUUGUUUGUCCUCACUUUACGAGUAUGGUGGAAAGCUGA